AUGGAGGACGACCCGAAUCGUCUGUAUCGACUUGAUGGAGUCGCGCAUAUCGCUGGAGCUGUCUACCUCGAGCCCCAUCGAUGCAUCAGCAGUAUGAGACGGCAGCACAGUAUGAGGUUGGAUGAUAGGAUCGUUCCUUACUUGCAGAUGGCUGGUAUGUACCAUCUCGCAAGAUUGAACGAGAGUUGGUUUCGGUUGGACGAGCCGUUGGUCAGCGCCUUCGUAGAGAGAUGGCGCCUUGAGACGCAUACAUUCCACAUGCCGUUUGGAGAGUGCACCAUAACCCUACAGGAUGUAGCGUACCACCUUGGUCUCCCAGUCGACGAGGGCGGCCGACCACCAUGGGUGUGGUUUGAGGAGCCGCUCGGGGUGUUGCCUCCUGCGAACUGCAUUGACAAGUUCACAGUGAAGUGCACAUGGUUUGAGGAGACAUUUAGUGAUCUUCCACAGGCGGCAGAUGACGAGACGGUUAGGAGGUACGCCCGUGCGUACAUCAUGAUGCUGCUAUCGACACAGCUGUUUGGGGACAAGUCAGGUACCCGCCUCCACAUCCGAUGGCUACCGUAUGUGGCUAGGUUGGAGGACAUGGGUCAGUACAAUUGGGGUUCCGCUGCGUUGUCAUGGCUAUACAGGUGCAUGUGCCAUGUGGCGAACAGAAAUGUCGUCAAGUUGGCUGGUCCACUGCAGCUCCUCCAGUCGUGGAUCUUUUGGAGGUUCCCUGGAUUUCAACCGGACGGAUAUGAUAUGAGGAGGUUAUCAGCUGAGCUUGAGCGACAAGGGGCCUUGUGUUGCGAAUUGGAGGCUGAGGAUUGA